AUGGAUGGAUAUACGUUGUGGUACUCGGGUAGCGUGAGACAUAGAAAUGGGGUAGGUUUUAUAGUAGAUGAAGAACUUAGAGAGCAUGUGGUAGAGGUUAAGAGUGUUAGUAAUAGGUUGAUGUCUAUUAAGUUGGUCUUUGGAGGGUCUACUAUAAACGUCAUUAGUGCCUACGCCCCGCAAAUAGGUUUGGACGAGGAGGAGAGAAAGGAAUUUUGGGAGGUUUUGGAUGAGGUGGUAAGGAGCAUCCCAAGCACUGAGAAGCUUUUCUUAGGCGGAUAUUUCAAUGGGCAUAUUGGAUCUUUGUCGAGAGGUUAUGAUGAUGUGCAUGGCGAUUUCAGUUUUGGGGAGCGAAAUAAAGAGGACAUUAUCUUUUGGGUUUUCUAG